CUUUUCUAUCAUCCUUUUCCCCCAACGCCCUCCUCUGUUCAUUCCCCUAUCGUCUUCGCCCGGCUCUCUCCCAUGUUCUUUAACAACCAGUCUACUAGCAUGUGAGCCAGUGGCAGGAUGUCUCGGAGGGGAGGAGACGUUGCUUAAAGGUGGAGAUCCAUCGACGAUGUUCAGAUAUAUCUGGGUUUGGCUUCAAGCCUUGUUCGGAUAUGUCAAGGUUUGGCCUCCUGAGGCUCAUGAUUCUGCCUGGCUCGGGGCAGCGCAGGCGAUGGAGGAGGAGCCGGUUACUGUUUCGCUCGGCCCCAUUGGCCCUCUCUUCCAGCAACUCCGUUCUGUGAUUGCUGCCCUCCAAGCCAACAGUGAUCGGCUCAAGCUCAAGGGGGUUAAGGCCCAGAUCCAGAUUCUCGGCCAAGAACUGGAGUGGCUAUGCAUCGACCUCAAGGGCAGAUCGGAGACGCCGGCAGACGCCAUCACCAUGUGCUGGAUGAAGCAGGUCCGGGAUCUGUGCUAUGAUACGGCGGACUACCUCGACGAGCUCGUGCACUUCAUCCACUGCUCCUCCGGUACCCGCCGCCGUAGGAUUAGGGUCCGUCUUUUUGGGGGGAAUAAUCGUCCUGUUGGAUCCAAGACCUAUCGGAUGUCCAGGAAGCUCACCUGGCUUUCCUUGCCAAAGGUGAAGAAAUUGAAGCGAGCGCCCUUGAUUGCAAAAUUGACAGCACUGGCAGCCCGUGUCGAGGAUGCGGAUGAAAGACGCAAAAGAUUCAAGUUCUCUUCACCCACACCCAGCAAACCUGACUAUGGACAAGCAGCUGUUCUCAUGCCCCAGAUUACCACCCCCGAACUCCACAUCGACAAGGUCUACAAGCUGCUGGACUUGGAUGGCAAUGAGAUGGAGAAAAAUCUCAAGGUGGUAACUAUCUUUGGAUCUGCCGGUGUUGACAAAACAGCAAUUGCCAGGACCUUGUAUCACCAGCAUGGAGGGAGGUUCCAGCACCGGGCUUUCAUCCGGGUCACUCGAGAUCCCGAUAUGAGGAGGCUUCUCACCGACAUGCUCUCACAAAUAAAGGCGCCACCGGCAAAUCAAUUUUCUAAUGUCCGAGAACUUAUAGUCCACAUCACCAAACAUCUGCAAGGAAAAAGGUACUUAAUUAUAGUAGAUGACCUAUGGACCACGUCAACCUGGGAUAUUAUCAUCCGAGCUCUUGCUGAUGGUGAUUAUUGCAGAAUAAUAACAACAACACAGGUUGAGGAUGUAGCCCUGGCAUGCUGCAGUUAUCAGUUAAAGCAUAUAUAUGAGAUUACUCCUCUUAAUGACGAUCAAUCAGGAAAAUCUGAGGGCAGUUGUACCACAUAUCCUAGUUCCAAAAGGAUGAAAGAAGCUCUAAACCUUGAGUAUAAUAAUCUCCCACCCCGUUUGAAGACUUGCUUGUUAUAUCUGAAUAUGUAUCCCGAGGGAUACACGGUCUGGAAGGAUGAAUUGGUGAAGCAAUGGUUAGCUGAAGGUUUCAUCGGCUCUGUACAAGGACAAGACAUAGAGGAUACUGCAGGUUACUAUUUUGAUGCUCUCAUCAGUAGUGGACUGGUCCAAUCUGUGGAUACCAAUCAUAAUGGUGAUGUGUUGUCAUGUACACUUCACCACAUGGUACUGGAUCUUAUAAGACAAAAAUCCAUGGAGGAGAAUUUCGUCACUAUUGUGAAUUAUUUUCAAACAAUUCUUGGACUUUCGGACAAGGUUCGUCGACUGUCUGUCCAGUUGGGAGGUGCAAAAGGUGCAAAUAAUAUACCAGAGAAUAUGAGAAUAUCCCAAGUUAGAUCACUUCUAUUUUCUGGAUUCUUCAAAUGUGCACCUUCCAUUGUGCAUUAUGGGCUUCUUCAAGUUUUAGUUCUUCAUAUUUGGUCUGAUAAAGAUGAGAUUUUUGAUCUGGCUACAAUUGGUGAGCUAUAUCGAUUGAGAUAUCUGAAGAUUGAGUGUAAUAUCACUAUCAAGCUUCCGGGCAACAUUCAAAGGCUGCGACACUUGGGUACUUUGCAAGUAGAUUCAAGAUUAUCUUCUGUUCCGUCUGGUAUUGUUCAACUGGAGAAGUUGUUGCACCUCUGCCUUCCGAGUGAGUCUAUUCUGCCUCAUGGGGUUGGCCGAAUGACAUGUCUUCGCACUCUGGGGUAUUUUGAUCUCGGCCGUAACUCAGAAGAUAAUCUGAGGGAUCUUGGUGAGCUGAUAAAUCUCCAGGAUCUUCAGCUGACCCGUUCUACAGCACAGCCUGCUGACAGUCUUGAAAAUAAUAUGCAACUCCUGGGCUCAGUUCUUAAGAAACUCAGCAUCCUGCAGUCUGUAACUCUUCUACCCACUGCAGAAUCCUCUAAUGUAUAUACUCUGAAGGAUGAAGCUCAUGUUUCAAGGAUGCGCAUUUCCUGUGACGGCUUGUGCAUGGUGUCCCCUGCCCCAGCCCAUCUUCAGAGAAUCGAGUUGUCGUAUCGCUGUUGCAUCUUCUCCAAACUCCCCAAGUGGCUUGGAGAACUCACCAAACUCCGCAUUCUUAAGAUUGCAGUUGGGGAGCUAUCAAAGGAAAAUAUUAAUAUACUGAAAGUACUACCUGCUCUUGCAGCGCUGUCGUUGCAUUUACCGACAAUGACUGCAGAAAGGAUUGUCUUUGGCAAGGGAGGAUUCAAAGUUCUCACAUACUUCAAGUUCAAGUGCACUGUGCCUUGGCUAAAAUUUGAAGCAGAUGCAAUGCCUAUUCUCGGGAAGCUCAAGCUGAGCUUCAAUUCCCCGAUAGUGGAUGAACAAGGAGCUACACCUAUCAUCAUCGAGCACUUGUCAUCAGGAAUUAAAGAGAUCUCUGCAAAAAUUUGUUGUAGAGGCGUUAAUGCAAGGUCUGCCUUGCUGAAAGCCAUUAGAAAUGAUCCAGGAAAUCCUGAGGUGCAAUUGAGGGGUCCCAUCUAUUAUGAUGACAAAGGUAGAGGAAUGGUGACACGUGAAGGCUCAAGGGAAGAUGAGAACAAUGAAGUUCAUAGCAGGGUUCAUAUGCUGCCGAAGUCCUCACGUCUACCUGUUCCUGCAAUACACAGCAGGGUAGAAGAACUGGAAGAUAGACCUUCUGUAUGUGAAAUAAUCAGCAUUCCGAGUGAAUCUGGAAGCACAUACGGUCACACUGUCCAGGCAAAUUGCUCCCUCUGCAAAGAAACCUUAGGGCCGGAGAUACUUGAUCUUCAUAAAAGUGAACAGUGCACACAGAGGAUGGUUGUGUGUGGAUAUUGUGAUUACGAAUUGCCUGCAAUUGAUAUUCAAGAACAUCAGGAUGUAUGUGGAAACCGAAGAGAGUUUUGUCAAACAUGCAAGAAGUAUAUUAGACUUCGUGAAUGGAUAGGGCACGAAAUGCAGUGCCACGUUAGCUCAUAUGGUUCUGGAGAAUCAUCAAGUGCCAGAACCAUUCCAGAGAGAGAAGUGCGGCCUCCUCCACUGGUACGACCAGUGCGUGCUGUGCUUGCUGCACAACACAGGCGGCUUCUCCUUACGAUUGCGGUAACUGGAAUCGCCGUCAUGGUUGGAUCAAUACUGUUCCAGAAGGAGGAGAGUUUCUAGGUCCGGCAGCCAUGGAUUUCCUAUCUCAUAGUUGUUUUCAACAGCAGUAUGAUAAGAUUCUACUCGUAUAAGAUAAUAUAUAUAAUCUCUUGAUGUAUA